AUGGCUAUCGCCCAAGAAUUCCGACGUCCUUCGACCAUUCAAGAGGAGGAGACUACACCCCUCCUGCCGCGCGAUGAGCCGAAACCAAGAGAAGAAAAAGCGGCCGUCCCGGUGUUAUUCCGCGCUUUGAUAUGCGCGUUCCUUGUGUCGUUGACAUUCAGUAUCACGCAGGCUCCUAUGCUAUACGCUUUCCGGAUAUUGACCUGCGAUGCGUAUUACGAACAUCAUGAGCCAGAUCCGCACGCCGUGGAUAGAUGUGCGAGACGCGAAAUCGACGCUGGAGCGGCCAGGGCUUUUGCACUUCUGGCAUCAUCGACUACCAUAUUCGGCCUUGUCAAUUUGCUAGUAGCUGCAUGGACUAUCAAACGCCUGGGCGUCAAGUUGGCUUUGAUCAUUCAGAUCUUCUGGCCUGCGGUCCGCCUUCUGAUCCAGAAUAUCGGUAUCAUGCACGGCGGCAACGUUGGCAUCAUGAUCGUGCAAUGCUCGCAAGUCAUCACAGUAGUUGGCGGCCCCAAUGGAUACGUUUUGUGCCUCAAUUCUUUGGUGGCGGACGUCGUCGAGCAUGAAAAGCGAACAGGCGCAUUGGGCAGACUCCAAGGCUGCAUGUACUUCGGAAGCGCCAUUGGGUUCUUGAUUGGAGGCAUUGUCGGCGACUACUUUGGCAUACUUGCACCCUUCCGAAUGACUCUGGUGUUGUUCUUGCUUUGCUGCGUAUAUGUAGCAGUAUCGCUACCUGCCAUGCCACCGCCGGAGGAAGAAAAGGAUGCGAAACCUCGCGAAACCACUGGCAUCGCGCGUUUCUUUGGCCCCCUCCGCAUCUUUGCACCGCAAAAAUGGGAAUUACCGAAUGGACGUACUCGCCUGCAGUUUGGAGCACUCACACUCGGUAUCGGCGUUUUCUUGGGUAUCCUCGCGACUGGCUACAUCCCGAUCUUACUCCAGAUGUAUGCUACCGUUGAGUUCAACUUUGGCCCCAAGGAGAACGGGGCACUCAUCUUCUUAUACUCAGCAUUAAGAGGUGGUUUCCUCUCUCUCGUCUUUCCCAUCAUCGUUGCUGCAGGGCGAAAGUGGAUGGAUGAUGGCGUGAAAAGCAAGUUGGCGGAAGACGAAGAAAGAGAAUCGACAGUGCAAGUUCAUAUCAUACCACCAACUCCGGCAGUAACAGAAACUGUCGACCCGAUGGAGAGCGAAGAGCCGCCCAACCCCGAACCGACGAACGAGCAGGAGACAUUUGCAUUCGAUUUGUUCUAUGCGCGCUUCAGCCUCUUGCUUGAUGGCAUACUUACCGGUCUUGCCGUAUUCGUAUCACAGGGUUGGCAAAUGUACAUUGUUGCUGUGAUGCUGCCAUUUGCUGCAGGUACCGGUGCCGCGUCCAAGGGAUCGAUCCUGCAAAUGUUACCGAACAGCGAGCGUGUCGACGCGCUCAGCGGCAUAACGCUCGUCGAAAACAUCGCGCGUCUUUCGACGUCGGCCGUCUUUGGAGUAGCCUUCGCUGCGCUUGCCGAGGCUGGCCAAAGCCAUCUCACUUUCAUCUGUAAUGCCGCUGUUGCGUUGCUUGGCUUCAUCGUCUUACUUCUCUCGCGCUUUCCACCGAAAGGUAGUCGUCGGAUCGAGAUAUAA